CAUUCAGCCAAAUCUGCAGCAGCAUUGAACUCGCACAGAAAAGAAGAGGCCAACAAAAGAAAAAAAAAAAGAGGCAAACUGAAGGACCUCCUACCACUAGGGUUGAGUUGAGUUUGCAUGUACAUUAGACGUGAACUGGUUCAUGAUAUACUGAGGAGUGCUGGUGAAGAGGAGGAGGAGUGGUCAGGAUCGGAGAUCAUUAAGUACUUUGAGAAAGACGUCGCCCUGAACGCAGCACAGCAGCACCGCAGCCUGGAGGACCAGAAGUGCGUUUAACCUCCGAAAGUUGCGUCGAUCUGGAUAUGAUUUGGUUCUGAUUUGCUGCUCAGCUGCCCGGAGAGGACUGCGGAGGGGCUGAACGCCGCAUUGUGGCAACCGUCACCCUCGAUUCCUGCCCGAGGACUGCACAAGCCGCUCGCUGCAAAAUGUCAUCUCAGGCCAAAGUCAAGAAGGACAAAGAGAUUAUUGCUGAAUAUGAGACCCAAGUGAAAGAGAUUCGUAACCAGCUGGUGGAGCAGUUCCGAUGUCUGGAGCAGCAGUCCGAGUCCCGGCUGCAGCUACUGCAGGACCUGCAAGAGUUCUUUCGCCGAAAGGCUGAACUCCAGCUAGAGUAUUCCCGAGGGUUGGAUAAGCUGGCUGAGCGCUACUCCUCCAAGAUCCGCAGCUCCAGAGAACACCAGCAUUUCAAGAAAGACCAAAAUCUAAUCUCCACUGUGAACUGCUGGUAUUUGGUUUUGGACCAGACCCGGCGAGAGAGCCGAGACCACGCCACUCUCAGCGACAUCUACAACAAUAAUGUCAUUGUCCGCUUGGCACACGUGGGCGAGGAUGUCACCAGACUCUUCAAAAAGAGUAAAGACAUCGGGGUCCAGAUGCAUGAGGAGUUAGUGAAAGUCACCAAUGAACUCUACACAGUGAUGAAGACAUACCACAUGUACCACAGUGAGAGUCUGAGUGCUGAGAGCAAGUUGAAGGAGGCAGAAAAACAGGAAGAGAAGCACAUUGGCAAGGUGAAUGACAUCAGCGGCGGUCUGUUGCGUCACAGUCACGAUGAGCGUCCCCAACGAAGAAGUUCUGUCCGGAAGAUGGAAAAAAUGAAGGAAAAGAGACAGGCCAAGUACUUUGAAAAUAAGCUGAAGUGCACAAAAGCCCGGAACGACUAUCUUCUCAAUCUGGCAGCUACCAACGCUCUGGUGGCCAAAUAUUACAUACACGAUGUGUCGGACAUGAUAGAUUCUUGUGACUUGGGCUACCAUGCAAGCUUGGCACGCACCAUGAGGACCUAUCUGUCUGCUGAAUACAGUCUGGAAACCUCUCGCCACGAAGGUUUGGAUCUACUUGAAGGAGCCGUAGAUGCCAUGGACAUUAGAGGGGACAAGCUAAGGUUUAUGGACACACACAGUCAGAUCUUCUGUCCUCCAGCACGCUUUGACUACCAGCCACAUAUGGGGGAUGAGGUGUGUCAGGUUAGUGCACAGCAGCCUGUCCAGACAGAGCUCUUAAUGCGAUACCACCAGCUACAGUCUCGCCUGGCCACACUGAAGAUAGAAAAUGAAGAGGUUAAGAAGACGCUUGAUGCCACCAUGCAGACCCUCCAGGACAUGCUAACUGUGGAGGACUUUGAUGUAUCAGAGGCCUUCCAGCACAGCCAAUCCACAGAGUCUGUCAAAUCGGCCUCCUCUGACUCCUACAUGAGCAAGGCAAACAUCACCAAAAGGCGAGCCAAUCAGCAAGAGACCGAGGGCUUCUACUUCACAAAAUACAAAGAGUACUUGAACGGCAGCAAUCUCAUUAUUAAACUGCAAGCUAAGCACGACCUUCUGAAGCAGACACUAGGAGAAGGGGAGAGGGCUGAAUAUGGAACAACAAGGCCCCCCACUCUUCCCCCUAAACCCCAGAGAAUGCGGAAGUGUAGACCUCGUUCCAUUUUUAACCGUAAGCUGUUUAACGGCAAUAUGGAGGCCUUCAUUCAGGAUUCAGGGCAGCCUAUACCAGUGGUGGUUGAGAGCUGCAUUCGAUACAUCAAUCUGUACGGUCUUCAGCAACAAGGCAUAUUUCGGGUUCCAGGAUCUCAGGUCGAAGUCAAUGACAUUAAGAAUGCAUUUGAAAGAGGAGAAGAUCCACUAGUGGACGAUCAGACGGAUCAUGACAUCAACUCUGUGGCAGGCGUCCUCAAGCUCUACUUCCGAGGGCUGGAAAACCCGCUUUUCCCCAAAGAACGUUUCCUCGACUUCAUCUCCACCACCAAACUUGAUUCUGGUGGUGAAAGAGCUCAUCAUCUCCAGCAGAUAAUUGUGACCCUACAGCGGCCUGUGAUCAUUGUCAUGAGAUACCUGUUUGCUUUUCUCAAUCAUCUUUCCCAGUACAGUGACGAGAACAUGAUGGACCCCUACAAUCUGGCUAUCUGCUUCGGCCCCACGCUGAUGCCCAUACCGGACGACCAGGAUCCCGUGGCUUGCCAAGCACACGUUAAUGAGGUCAUCAAGACGAUCAUUAUCCACCACGAGGCCAUCUUUCCGAGCCAGCGGGAGUUGGAAGGACCGGUCUAUGAAAAAUGCAUGGCAGGAGGUGAAGAGUACUGUGAAAGCCCUCACAGUGAGCCAGGAGCUCUUGAUGAGAUCGACAACGGGACCGGGCCAAACACGAGUGAUGAAGAGUUUGAGCCAAUUGAGGCCAUUGCCAAGUUUGACUACGUGGGGCGAAGUUCGAGGGAGCUGUCCUUUAAGAAGGGAGCGUCUCUGCUGCUGUACAUGAGAGCGUCUGAGGAUUGGUGGGAGGGCCGGCACAACGGUGUGGAUGGGCUGAUCCCGCAUCAAUACAUUGUAGUGCAAGACAUGGAUGAUGCUUUCUCAGACAGCAUUCAGAGGACAGAAAGUGAAACCAGCAGUGGAUCUCACUAUGAUGACAGGACGUCAUCAAGAAAUGAGCGUCAGUCUCCCUGUGACCAGGCUGCUGAGAACCGUUUUGGACCUGCAUUAGGAAGGGUAAGAGUGCGAUCAGACGGAGCCGCAGUUCCCCGCCACAGGAACAACGGUGCCGACAGCCUCAGCCCCACCAGGGCUGCUGACCAGCCGCCCAGGGUAAUGCCGCGCCCCUGCAGCCCGCACAAGAUAGCCGUCAGCAGGGCCCAUGCCGACAGCCCGGAGAAGCGCCGCCUCACCACGUUCGGCAGCUCAGGCUCCAUCAACCACCCCGACAGGAAAGCAUUUGUUGAGAGUCACUCUCAACGAUCAUCACCGAGCACGGCACGGCACGGCAGUUUAGGGGACCAUAAAGCUCUGGAGGCCGAGGCGCUCGCGGAGGACAUAGAGAAAACAAUGAAUACAGCUCUGCAUGAAUUGCGAGAGCUAGAGCGGCAGAAUGUAGCCAAACAUGCCCCCGAUGUUGUCCUGGACACCCUGGAGCCCCUCAAGCACCCUGGUGCUGCCCAGGAAAUGUCUGCCAGCCCCCUGCACACCAUGGUGAUCAGGGACCCGGAUGCAGCCCAGCGACGUUGCAGCAGCAGCUCCUCCUCCGAGACCAUGACCACUUUCAAACCAGCUCUGUCGUCACGUAGACCGAGCGCUCCUCUAAGGCCCCCGCCGGUCAGGCCUGUCCGACCGGCUCCAGUGAUUGGACCUGGCCAGGUACCGCACCGCUCCAGCAGCUCCAGCUCUUCUGGUCUGGGCAGUCCAGGCAUAACCCCCACUGAAAGGGUGUUUCCUAAAGCACCCUCCCCAUCGCCGUCCACGUCCUCUUCAUCCUCCGACAAACAGGGUAACAUGUAGCUCCAAUUUACCAGCUGUCAAGAACAAUGUGGAUAAUGAAUGAUAUCGGCACGGCCCUACAGGUCGUCUUUACAUCAAUAACAAACGACAACACCCAUUUUGUCCAAAUAUUUCCCCACUAAUCUUGUACAAUGGUACGCUUGCUGCUUCUGGUUUCUUCUUAUACCACCUGGAAGCAAGUAACUGUACUGUUUAACAGUGAUUAUAUUACACAGAAAUAGGAAUUAAAACUAUAAAAAUUACUUAAUAGACUCAUACAAAGCUGGACUAAAGAGAUGCACUGGAGAAUAUUUCUGUUUACUGAGAUAUGAAACGUCUCGCUGAAACAAUAUUAGAUUACAAAGAUGCUGUGAGCUUGUUCUUUGUGUCUGGUUUCCUGCUCCAUUACCAUGAAACACUUACGGGAAUACUACACCACUUACCAUGUAGACAUCCAGACUGUGCUGGGGGUCUUAUGUGUGAAUAGUUCCUUCAGAACCACUUAUGUUGAUGGAGAGAGGUUAAUGUUGAGAAAACUGUCCCACUUUGGAACAAUAUUGGAAGACAACAUGACUGAGGGACGAUAUCCGCUGCCUCAAGCUGCAGUUCUUCUGAUGAACACAGAAUGUUGGUUCUGUGGGAAUUAAACCUGUCGUAUUUGCCUUGACAACAGCUUCAAAGCAUAGAGCAUUUGGAAAUUAUACACAGUCAGAUAUAUUUGUUACAAUUUUCAAAAAUCUGGGAAAUGCUGCAGGCCCUGGUGAAACUCAUGGCAGCACAAGGACUUGGCUGGCACUGACAGCCAACUAAAGCACAAAUGUAACAAAAUGGCUCCACCCACUGUUGUGAUCCCAACUGGUGCUUUAGUUUAGGGAUUCAGCAGCAUCAGUACCAUUCAUCCAACUCAUUGUGCCAUUUUUUAAAAAUAUCCUGAUAUUUGAUAAAUACAGUAUUUUGCAAAAGUUUUCAAACCCCCGCACUUUUUCACAUCUUCAUGUUACAACCUGCAUACCACAACGUUGUGUGAUUAUUAGGGAGAUUUUUUUAUUCUAAUUUUUUUGAAUAAACCAACACAAAGUUAUGCUUUAUUAUAAAGUGGAAGGAAAAGUAUACAUGUUUUUCAGAAUUGUAUACAAAUAAGAGUAUGAAAAGUGUUACAUAAAUUUGUUAAAUUUUAAAGGGUUGAUUGAGCACUUUAGCUUCAAGUCAUUUGCAAUAAGUCUGUGCUUUCUUUGAACAUUCUUCUUUGGAAAACAUCCGACUCAAUCGUUUCAUCUGAGGAUAUAUGAAUGGUAAAGUUCAAGUUUUUGAGCUGAUUCUAAAUUGGAUUUAUAGCAAGACUUUGAAUGGAGCAUUCUAUCACAUGAAGAUAGAUUGGAUAUAAACAAUUGCAAUGUGGCUCUCCCUGUAUGUUUAGGGUUAUUGUGUUGCUCUAACAUGAACAUCUGUACCAGGCUAAGGUCCUUGAAGACAGUCAUUUUCAGAAUCCUGGACUUCAGGCCCUGCUGAACUUAAUGUUUGAUGUGUCUCUGUUUCAGCCCCCCUAAUUAAAACUGAUUAGAUUACCACCUCAGCAUGCCUCCAUGUCCUGCAGAGGAUUGUUAACCACCAUUUAAGGCACAGUUUGCUACAUCAGGAACAUAUGAACUGAACUGUUCAUUGUUCAUUGUGAUGUGUGGUGAUAAUUUUACUGCAUUCAUACCUUUUUCAUAAGGGUUGAAUAUUUCAGUUUUGCUCUAACGUAACCACAGGGCAUACUGUGGAUUUCUUCUUCUACCCCUUUGAGACCAGAUUUCUUAAGUGCAAGGCUAACAAAUUUUCAUGUUAACCUAUUGGAUCUUUGUUGCUACUCCAGAGUUACCAUGGACCUCUUGGUUUAAUGCUCCAGUUGCUUGGAUUGCAGUUUCCAGCAAAGCAGUUCAAAGCUUGGGAUUUGUUUUUAUAGCCUUGACCUAAUCAGUUUUGUAAUCUGCUGUGUUCCUCGGUCUUCUUGAUGCUGCUUGUCUGUUAUAUUUUAAUAGAAACAUUUAUUUUGUGCUAAGUUUAAAUGACACACAGGUUGACUAUUUUCUAAAUUGGUGAUUCUGAAAGUAGUUUCGUUGCACUGGAUAUUAUUUUGGGGUGUCAGAGUAAAAGGAACAGAAUAGAAAAAUACACACUUUUCCGUGUUGGUUAUUUAUAUCAUAUUCCAACUAAUUACACAAAUUUGUGGUUUCAAUGUGUCAAAAAAAAAAUUCAGGGGGUUAAAAUUGCUUUUGUAGUGGACAUUAUAGUGGGUUUUGUAUGUGUCUUUGUUUUAAAGAAGACCAAAAUUUAACAUCUCAUCUUUACUGCUUUUUCAUUCUUCAUCUGUCACUUUCAGAACUGUCCAGAGGGUGGCAGUAUAGACCAAGUUAUAAUGGUGCACAAGACAUGAACCGUUAGCAUUACAUUCUAGCUUUCAUGAUCAUUUCUGUAACAAAAAGGAUGAAGUAAAGUUUACUUUGUUUCAAUAAACAAUAUCCUUAUCUCUUUUUACCACAUUAUUAGCUGUGUUACCUCUAAAACAAGUAAGACACUUGCACAAUUCAGUUGAAUGAAGCACUAAUAAACUACAUGGAGCUGAGCUGUUUGUAGGUUCUGUGUCUCCAACCUGAAUCUGCACUAGAAACUAGCUUGUCCAGGUUGUAUUGGGUCUUUGCAGGCUGUUACUGUUGCUUUCUCUUGAUGACAUGUGUUACCCCCUCCUCCAGAGGGUUGAUCAACAUCUCUUUAAAAUGUAAAAGGUACAUACGAUGGGACGACUUAACACCUACUGCUAAAUAUUGCUUGUAAAUAUAACAAUUGUAUCAUAGGAACAGGAUAUAUACAGUAUAUAUGUAUUAUGUGUAAUGUGUAGAUUUUUGUAAUUCUUAUCCUUGCACAGAGAUUACCUGAACAAUAAACUGAAAAAGUCUCAAACAUUGA